UCCAUCUUUCAACCAAUCGUUCGGCUUGAGUGAAGAUCUCGCGAUGUUCUAAGUGAGAGAGUGGCACCUUUGAGGCAGGUCGAGGAUCCUUCUCCUUCAUACUAUUGGUCACCCAAAGCGCAAUCGCGCUCUCCGGUUUGGUCAACAUACUCUAUCUCCGUCAAAGGGCCGCCUCUUGCCUACCUCUGGUUCAGGGCCACUUGUGCUGCAAGCCCUGCUAUAUCAUGGUAAGGAGAGCUGAAUAACGGAAAAGAGUAUAGUCUUUGAUGUUGGGCUUACUUGGAUUCAAAUCUCGCCAUUCACAGACCAACUAUACCUUUGGACAGACCAUGGCCCUGAGAGCAUGUGGCUUGAUCAUCUUCCGAAGACGCCUCAUCCCCAAGGUGGACAACACUGCAAUUGAGUUUCUACUGCUGCAGGCAUCAGAUGGCAUUCAUCACUGGACUCCUCCUAAAGGCCAUGUGGAACCAGGAGAAAAUGAAUUGGAAACAGCCUUGCGGGAGACUCAGGAGGAAGCAGGCCUAACAGCAAGCCAGCUGACCAUUAUUGAGGGGUUCAGAAAGGAGCUCAAUUAUGUGGCCAGGAAGAAGCCUAAAACAGUCAUCUUCUUGCUGGCGGAGGUGAAGGACUACGACGUGGAGAUCCGCCUCUCCCAUGAACACCAAGCUUACCGCUGGCUGGGGCUGGAUGAGGCCUGCCAGUUGGCUCAGUUCACGGAAAUGAAGGCAGCACUCCAAGAAGGACACCAAUUUCUCUGCUCCACAGUGGCCUGAGCUGCCUGAAACAGAGUAAUUUGCCUCAGUAGGAUCCUUGAGGGCCUUCUGAAAUGAACCCACCUUCAGCUCCAAGGAAGGUUGUUCUAGUCUUUGACUCAUCAUAGCAAAGAGUAGAUCGGUUAGUAAAAUAAGCUGAGGACUCUCAGAGGAGAGCAAGCAAAAAUCUUAGCUGGGUAGAAAGAAAGACAAAGGAGGAGUUAAAAAAAAGGCCAAUAAGUGCAUCCUUGUACUUAAUAAAUUUCAAGCAGAGAUCUGUUCUUCUAA